CAGCAGGCCAACAGCAAGGGUGAGCGGCGGCGCGCGGCAGCAGCAGUGUCGAGCCGAACAGCGUGGUGGGAGGGUGUCUGCGUGCUUCCUCCGAGAUCCCGGGACUCUUAGUUUUGUGCCCAGGAUGUACCAUGACCCCCGCUGACCUGAUACCCGGCGGCGCGGGGCGGGCGAGUCCACAACGAAUACACCAACACCACCACCACCACCACUACCACCACCACCAGGAGCAACAGCAGCAGCAGAGGAAUCAGAAGCACUAAGAAGCGAAGGAGCAGCGGCAAGGGACCAGCCGGGGCGAGGGUGUCAGGAGGUGGAGCAGGAGCAGGAGCAGGAGGUGGUGGAGGUGGAGGAGUAGGAGGGUGGUGUGAUGUUGUCCCUCACCCCCUUAUCUGCCUGCAGCCCGCUCCCCAACACCCGCCUCACCGCCACACUCCUGCUGACCACUCUCCUCUAUGCAGGCGUGGGCGGGAAGUGCACGGGCUUGCAGGCGUGCCUUGACCCCUACGUGCACGGGAGCGUGAAGGCAGAAGCCACGCCAGCCUUCUGCUCCCUGGCGGCGCACACGUCGGACUGCAUGAAGUCUCUCUCCAGCUCCUGCCGCAGCGACAUCCCCUACGAGACGCAGCGAGGCAUGCUGGAGAAAUACAUCAAGACCUACGACUGCGCCACCAUCCUUGGCAACCACCGCCCGCCGCCCACCACGCCCCAGGAUGCCGCCUCUACCACUGUGGAAAAGUGCCAGUACAGGGGCACCACACCGCCCGCCCACUGCGGCCUCUUCGGCGAUCCACAUCUCAAGACCUUCAGCGGCGCCUACAUGACGUGUGGCGUGGGUGGGGCGUGGCCUCUACUGGACACGCCUGCCCUUGCCAUACAGGUCACCAACGAGCAGGUCGGACCGGACAACCACGCCACCGCCACCACCAAGGUGACGGUGCUGGUGAAGGAACACGGCGCCUGUGGGGGUGAGCGGACAUACGAGGCGUCGGCGGAGGCUCUCCCCAGGGCCUUCGUGGACGGCACCACCUGGACGGGCGGUACGCCACUGAGCCCCCACACACAGGUGCAGGAACGAGUGCCCGGCGAACACGUCCUCAUCACAGUCUCGCACAUCAACGCCACUGUGGCUGUCAGGAAGAUCGAGAAGUACCUGACGGUUCUCGUGUCGUUGCCGGAAAGCGAGGUUGGUGAGGGCGGAGAGCUGCAGCUGUGUGUCGGGGGCUGCCCUGACAGUGAGAGGCUUCCCAGGUCCCCGCCCCGCCCUGUGGUCUCCCCAGCCAUGGCCAAGUCACAGGCGGUGAAGCUGUGCAAGGAGUACAAUGUGACUGAUUACUAUCUGGACUCGUGCAUCUUCGAUCUAAUGGCUACGGGGGAUAAGAGCUUCAGGGUGGCGGCAUUGGCAGCACAGCGUGACUUGUGGGAGCAUGACCCCAUCGGGGCACAGCGGCUCCUCCUCAACUGUUCGGAGCCACCCUGCGUGUGGGAUGUGUCUGCUGCCGCCAUCUCCGCCUCUCCUAGCAUCACGCUUCUCUUCGUGGUCCUCCUGCUGCUGAGUGGCACCCGGUGGGCUGGACGGUAGCCUGGGAGCGCGUGGGCAGUGUGGCAGUGUGGCACACCGGCCGGGACGAUGUCGCUUCAGGGGAGGACCCGCGUCUUGUAGAGUGGGAGUGACUUCAUUGGUAUUAUGGUCACGGUUCUCAAAUACUUCUUAGUUCCCUCGAGUGGUGAGACUCUUGAGGAGAAGGGGGCGGGGGUCAGCAUGAAUCCUGGAGAAGACCCGGGCCGGUGGAGGGACAUCAGUAAGACGCGACAGACACCAGCUUGGGAUGGUCGGAUGUGUGACAGGUGUGAGGAUGGAGGCGCGCAGAGACGGUGCCUCCCGCGAGAUGCGCUACGGCAGUGAAGGCAGACCGAGGCGGGGCGGGACUGGGACGGCGGCAGCACGAUUGGGAACACUCUCGAGGUGUGUUGACCACAAUGGUCAGGAGUCGUGUUGCGCAGCGCGGUGGUGUAUAUAUUGUAUAUAGUCUUGGGACAGGUGGCGAACCUCUUCCUUUUCCUAGAGCAGGCACGGUGGUGUGUGUGUGUGUGUGUGUGUGUGUGUGUGUGUGUGUGUGUGUGUGUGUGUGUGUGUGUGUGUGUGUGUGUGUGCGCGGGCUGUGCGAAUGUGCUUUCAAAAGUUACAUUAAACUAAAGUCUUAACAACUAAAUAAUUGUGAUUUAUAUUGGAGUUGUUUGUACCGAAUGAGAGGUUUUGUAAGUACACGUGCGAGUAGGUACUGUACUGUAUUGUACGCGUAUAUCCUUUUCAUGCACUCAAGAUUCAUUCAAAGACAUUUUUAGAUAAUAUAACAGAUCUCAGAUCUUCAUGUUAGCCCGUAAAGUACUACAUGUUGCUGCAUCCGUCAUAAAGGGAUCAAGUAACCUGCGUGUUAGGGUCGAGGGCCGCCAACCCUCGACCAAGUAGAGGCCGAGUCGUGCCGGCCACCACCUCGAG